UAGAAUCCCAGAGUAAAGAAGUUUGCCCUCUUUCAAAAUGGCUGAAGUGCCUACAGCGUCCGCAGAGAGCAUGGGCGGAAGUUACGCAACCCAUAAGGCCGCGCGGCUCUGACGGUCAGAAGAGUUUCCGCCAUUUUUGAAAAGUGGGAAAGAUCCUUGCUGGAGUAGAGGCAGCCGUUGCGAUGGCAGCGUUUGCGGUGGAUCCCCAGGCGCCCACGUUGGGAUCAGAACCAAUGAUGUUGGGUUCACCUACCUCCCCAAAGCCAGGCGUUAAUGCCCAGUUCUUGCCUGGAUUUUUAAUGGGAGAUCUACCAGCUCCAGUGACUCCGCAACCUCGAUCACUUAGCGGCCCUUCAGUAGGAGUAAUGGAAAUGAGAUCACCUUUACUUGCAGGGGGCUCACCACCACAGCCAGUUGUACCUGCUCAUAAAGAUAAAAGUGGGGCUCCACCCGUUAGAAGUAUCUAUGAUGACAUUUCCAGCCCAGGACUUGGAUCAACACCUUUGACUUCAAGAAGACAGGCAAAUAUUUCGGUGUUGCAGAGCCCUCUUGUUGGAGCUACAACUCCUGUGACUGGGCAAAGCAUGUUUAGUCCAGCAAAUAUUGGUCAACCACGAAAGACGACACUAUCUCCUGCCCAACUGGAUCCUUUUUAUACUCAAGGAGAUGCUCUGACUUCAGAAGAUCACCUAGAUGACACUUGGGUGACUGUCUUUGGGUUUCCACAAGCAUCUGCUUCUUAUAUAUUAUUACAGUUUGCACAAUAUGGGAAUAUCUUAAAGCAUGUGAUGUCUAACACAGGCAACUGGAUGCAUAUUCGUUACCAAUCUAAAUUGCAAGCCCGGAAAGCCUUAAGCAAAGAUGGGAGAAUAUUUGGAGAAUCCAUCAUGAUUGGUGUCAAGCCGUGUAUAGAUAAAAAUGUCAUGGAAAACAGUGACAGAGGAGUCUUGUCAUCUCCAUCUCUAGCCUUUACACCACCCAUCAGGACCUUAGGCACUCCAACACAGCCCGGAAGCACUCCUAGGGUUUCUACCAUGAGGCCUCUUGCCACAGCAUACAAAGCCUCCACUAGUGACUACCAGGUUAUUUCUGACAGACAAACACCAAAGAAGGAUGAAAGUCUUGUGUCCAGAGCGAUGGAGUACAUGUUCGGUUGGUAGUACAGCAGAGCUGGACUGAGCCAUUAGCAGAAGGCUGCCAGUUGCCUUGGGUUAGUUGUAUAACCAUCCUGGCAGUGUUGGAUACCCAUCUCAGAUACAGCUUUUACAAUCCUUUAAGGAAACAGCCUACUUGUAGCUUGCACUUUAAAAGAUGGCCGUGAUACACCUGAAGAGAAGAUGGCCAGAUGGGAUUUUGUGCUUCUGUCAUGUAGUGCAUGCUUAGUGCUGUGUACUCAUCGUCUCCUGCAGUAAAUUAAAUGAUUGAGCUUGAAGUGAGUCUCAUUGGCUUUCAUGAGAAGAUGGAUGAAUUUCACAGAGAGCGACAGCUGCUUUACCAAGACACAGUGAUUAUAAUUAGCAAUUUGAAUUAUGGUCUUAAUUUAGAUAGUAUUUAAUAUCUUUGUAUAUGUCUUGUGGAUUGUCAUCUUUCAUGUUCUUUUUAAAAACCAUCUACUACUAAUGUUUCCUAAUAAACUUUGUCAAUUUUUAUGUGCUAAA